AUGGUUCAAUCAUCCGUCCUAGGUUUCCCAAGAAUCGGCGCCAACAGAGAGUUGAAGAAGGCCACUGAGGCCUACUGGCAAGGUAAGGUCAGCGUCGAGGACCUGCUGAAGGUCGGUAAGGACAUCAGAGCCAACAACUGGAAGUUGCAGAAGGAAGCUGGUGUGGACGUUAUUCCAUCCAACGACUUCUCCUUCUACGACCAGGUUUUGGACUUGUCCCUGCUCUUCAACGUCAUCCCAGAGCGUUACGCCAAGUACAACUUGUCCCCACUGGACACUUUCUUCGCCAUGGGUAGAGGUUUGCAGAGAAAGGCCACCGAGACCGAGAAGGCCGUCGAUGUCACCGCCUUGGAGAUGGUCAAGUGGUUCGACUCCAACUACCACUACGUCAGACCAACCUUUUCCCACUCCACCCAGUUCAAGCUGAACGGCCAGAAGCCUGUCGACGAGUUCUUGGAGGCCAAGGCUUUGGGCAUCCAGACCAGACCAGUUCUGUUGGGUCCUGUCUCUUACCUGUUCUUGGGUAAGGCCGACAAGGACUCUUUGGACUUGGAGCCAUUGUCUUUGCUACAGAAGUUGGUCCCACUCUACGCUGAGAUCUUGAAGAAGUUGGCUGAGGCCGGCGCCACCGAGGUCCAGAUCGACGAGCCAAUCUUGGUUUUGGACUUGCCUCAAGAGGUCAAGGCCGCUUUCAAGACUGCCUACGACUUCCUAGCCUCUCAAUCCGGUUUGCCAGCUAUCACUUUCGCCACCUACUUCGGCACUGUGGUUCCAAACUUGGACGCCAUCAAGGAGUUGCCAGUCGCUGCUUUCCACUUUGACUUUGUCAGAAACCCAGAGCAGUUCGACCAGGUUGCUGCUAUCCUAAAGGACAACCAGUCUCUAUCUGUCGGUGUUGUCGACGGUAGAAACAUCUGGAAGAACGACUUCGCCAAGUCCUCCGCCCUUGUGCAGAAGGCUAUUGAGAAGUUGGGCAAGGACAGAGUCAUUGUCGCCACCUCUUCUUCUUUGUUGCACACCCCAGUUGACUUGGAGAACGAGAAGAAGUUGAACCCAGAAAUCAAGGAUUGGUUCUCUUUCGCUACCCAGAAGGUCAAGGAGGUCGUGGUCAUCGCCAAGAACGUUUCCGGUGAGGACGUUUCCGCUGAGUUGAAGACCAACGCUAAGUCCGUCUCUAACAGAGCUUCUUCCAACAUUACCAACAACGAGGAGGUUCAAAAGAGAGUUGCCUCUAUUGACGAGAAGAUGUCCACUCGUUCUUCCCCCUUCCCAGCGAGAUUGGAGGAGCAGAAGAAGAUCUUCAACUUGCCAUUGUUCCCAACCACCACCAUUGGUUCUUUCCCACAAACCAAGGACAUCAGAAUCAAUAGAAACAAAUUUGUUAAGGGCACCAUCACUGCUGAGGAGUACGAGAAAUUCAUCAACUCCGAGAUUGAGACUGUUAUCAGAUUCCAGGAGGAGAUUGGUCUAGACGUCUUGGUCCACGGUGAGCCUGAGAGAAACGACAUGGUUCAGUACUUCGGUGAGCAAAUUGACGGUUACACCUUCACCACCAACGGCUGGGUCCAGUCUUACGGUUCUAGAUACGUCAGACCACCUAUCAUUGUUGGUGACUUGUCCAGACCAAAGGCUAUGUCCGUCAAGGAGUCUGUCUACGCUCAAUCCAUCACUACCAAGCCUGUUAAGGGUAUGUUGACUGGUCCAGUCACCUGUUUGAGAUGGUCUUUCCCAAGAAACGAUGUUGACCAGAAGACUCAGGCCUUGCAAUUGGCUUUGGCUCUGAGAGACGAGGUUAACGACUUGGAGGCUGCCGGUAUCAAGGUCAUUCAAGUUGACGAGCCUGCUUUGAGAGAGGGUUUGCCAUUGAGAGCUGGCGACGAGCGUGCCGCUUACUUGCAAUGGGCUGCUGAGUCUUUCAGAGUCGCCACCUCCGGCGUCGCUAACAAGACUCAAAUCCACUCCCACUUCUGUUACUCCGACUUGGAUCCAAACCACAUCAAGGCUUUGGACGCUGAUGUUGUUUCCAUCGAAUUCUCUAAGAAGGAUGAUCCAAACUACAUCGCUGAGUUCCAGAACUAUCCAAACCACAUCGGUCUAGGUUUGUUCGACAUUCACUCUCCAAGAAUUCCUUCUACUGAGGAGUUCAUUUCCAAGAUCGAGACCAUCAUGAAGUCUUACCCAGCUGAGAAGUUCUGGGUCAACCCUGACUGUGGUUUGAAGACCAGAGGUUGGGAGGAGACCAAGUUGUCUUUGACCCACAUGGUUGAGGCUGCCAAGCACUUCCGCGAGGUUUACGCCAAGAAAUAA